AUGCUCCUGGCUUGCUGGUUGGGCACUGCGCUGCUGCUCUUGCCAGCCACGACGGCAGCCGCUGGCGCUGCGCUGCGGCUCGAGGGGGAUCCCGUGAGCGCUGCCUGCUCUUCCCCGGGCGGCUGCGACUCCCCCGAGAGCGACCGCAAGGCUCCCUGCAGCGGCGACGACGAAAAGGACUGCGUGGCCCGCGCGUCGGGCGAGCCAUGCGGCGUCUACACGCCGGGCUGCGCCCCGGGCUUGCGCUGCGUCCCUCGGCCUGGCGAGCGCGCCCCGUUGCACGCUCUGCUGCGCGGGAAGGGGGUUUGCUCGGCAGGGGCAACCCUGAAGGGCGGCGGCAGAAACCAGACGGAGGCGGAACCUACGGCAGAGGAUGACUGGAAGGAGAAUCACCGACUGGGCCAGUCCACUCCAGAGCCUUUCCCCUUGCAAGAGGUCACUGUUGGCAAAGUCCAGCUCCAUCAGCUCUCCCUGAGCAGUGAUGCCAAACAGGAACUUGAUACGGCCCCUUGCCGCAUGCAUUUGGCGACCAUCUUGCAGGAGCUGAAGGCCCCACUCUACCUGAAUGGGGAAGACAUCUUCAUUCCCAAUUGCGACACCAGGGGCUUCUACAGACGGAAGCAGUGUCGGACAUCCAAAGGGCAGAAGAGAGGCCAAUGCUGGUGUGUGGAUAAGAGGGGCCAUCGGUUGGAGGAGCUGGACAAAACCCCCCUUUGCCUGCUUGGAAACAGUGACUGAGUGGGGUUGCGGGGUACGCAGCACUUCAGCAGCAGAGAUUCGAUUAAGAGGAAUCUCCCUACUAGAAUGGUCACAGAAGUGUUUGCUUUUAACUUAUUGUGUGGCUGCUGCCUGCAUUCCCUGGUGUAACCUUGGAGCAGCUGUUGUGUUUGAUGACAACCCACAGAAGGGUGGAGCCGCCUGGAGGGGCUGCUUCAGGGCAACAGCAGACAAGACAGGAAGCUUUUAACUCCACGACUGAAGAUGCUUUGUUGAAUAAGCUAUCGAUGACUGCACUGGCACCUUAACCAACUCUAUUUGAUAGAUGUGGCAUGUAUCACAGGUGCUAAACCAGAAGGGGGACAUGAGUUGCCAGAUACUGGGCUUGGGAUGGGUGUGCAUACAGUUCUCAAGAGUGCUUGGAAGGUAGUACAAAGUUUCAGCUAGUGUCGACCAGACUAAGCCAAGGUGGAUGUGGCUAGGAAGAACUGGAAAAGUUAUGUGAUGAAAGGAGGAGCCUUUGUGAAAAGGAUGAAGUAGGCGACAGUGGAGAGCCCAACAGGGCACGGAACAGGUCUUCAUUCUGUUGUCAAUACCUACAGUCAGAACAAGAUGGUGGGAAGAAUAGUGGAUGCACUUUGGGUCGACACUCAUGAAGAACCCCUUCAUACCAAAACCUGCCUUUUUCUCAAUUUCACCUCCAAGUUGCUUAAUGACCUCCACACAAGCAGAAAACAGGGAGGGCUACCUGUGCAUGGUAGGAAUGGCUGAUGGGAAGGUCUGAGGCUGCCUUCCAUACCAAGGAGCAGUGUAUGAUGGAUCUUUCCCUAUUCUCUACAAGGGUCUUUAACUUGUGCAUUUGGAGAGGAUGAAUUUGGCUGCUGUAUGUUUCACUCAAUGGCUACAAUAAAUCUGGUAACUAUUAG